CGAUCGCAAGACCAUGGCCAGCCAUGUGACAUAUACCCCGGUAGAUCAAGCCCGUGCCUCCAAGGAGAUGGGAGGCAGGCCACCACCGGACAAUUCGAGCCACACGACCAACCAUCGUGGGUGUCGGGCCGCGUGGGCUAAGGACGGCUGGUUCGUUGAAAUAGCAAGCACAUUGCUGGGCAUUUUGUGCGUCGUAGCACUGCUCAUUGUCUUGCGCCAUUACGAUGGCAGGCCGACUCCUUACUACGGUUCGGCCUUGGGAACAUCGCUCACACUCAACACCAUCAUCGCCACUCUCUCAACCGUGGCCAAGGCUGCCCUGCUCUAUCCUGUCACCGAGUGCGUCAGUCAGUUGAAGUGGGUAUGGUUCUCCAAAGAAUCCCAUCAGCUGAACGACAUGUCCAUGUUCGACAAGGCAAGCCGUGGAAUCCGCGGGGGCUUCCAGCUGCUCUGGGCGACAAGGCUGAGGACCUUUGCUAUCUUGGGCCCAUUCCUGAUGCUCUUUGGACUUGCUAUGGAUCCGCUGUCGCAACAGCUGGUCUAUUAUCACUCCGUCGCUGUCAAAACAUCAGCGAGCGCCACCAUACCUAUCGCCACCUCAUGGGUCGCCGAAACUGGUGACGGAGGAAUGAUCAUAGAUGGUGCAGGAUUUGCUGAUGCUGCAUACAAUGCCAUCCCUACUGGCUUGAAGGGUGCGAUUCAAACUGGCUUGUACAGCGCAAACGUAUUGGUCGAGGAUAUUGCUCCAUCAUGCCCCAGUCUUAAUUGCUCUUUUCCGUCCUACGCAUCCCUCGCAGUCUGCUCGUCUUUCGCCGACAUCACCUCCCAUCUCGUCUCGGAGAUCGAUCCGGAGGAUGAUGAGUUUCUCCUUUGGUAUCUAUCCGGCUCAUCAUCCAACAUUUCUAUAGAAACAAUGACGUAUUUCAACACAGGCUCUGCGUCGUCCAACAACACAAAUUCAACCGCCAAUGGAUAUCUGCGUCCCUUGGACUUUAACAACUCAAUAGCGUUCACAGAGGUUCCUUUGCCAUUGGCGGAUAUCUUCGUUCUCUACGAAACCGGAACCAAUGCCAGCGGCUCCACAACUUUUGGCGCUGUCGAAUUUAUUAUGGAGUGGUGUGUCCAAGAAUAUACUACCGAGGUGGUCAACGGGAGCGUCAACACUUCACGUCAAAAGGCAACUCGCAACUUCACCAAUCCGCUGUACCCGACACUUCAAGUGGGCUCGACAACCUAUACGAUCGAUCCGAGUACUCACGUCAGUACCUCGGUGUUCCUAGACCGCAUUCUUCAAGGAUAUGUCUAUCGAGACUGGGACGCCGAGCAGUACUGGCAUGCAACUUCGGACGCAAUCCAAGCAUUAUAUGAGCCAUACAAUGUGUUCCAGGACAUAUCGCUGGGCGAGAUACAUUAUUCACUUAACAGUAGUAUCAGAGGUACAAACCAAACUGGACUUGAGUUUAUCAUUAACAAUAUGGGGACCAGCAUGACAAACUAUAUAAGGGAGAAUAACGCCGAAGUCGCCAAUGGCACCUCACAUUCGCAAGAGGUUUUAGUUAAGGUCCGAUGGAAGUGGUUUGCAGCGCAUGCAUCAUUUAUCGUACUGUGUCUGCUUUUGCUGUCUUCUACUCUGAUCGCUACACGCUUGAGCGUUCUGAAGAGUCUUGCGUGGAAGUCGUCUCCCUCCGCUGUUCUCCAUGCGUUGAGCUCCAAUCUGCAACAUGCUAGCACGGGGAUACUGACCGAGUCGGAAUCAACGCCGCUCGAUCAGGCUCAACUUGUGUACUUAUGUAAUGUAGAAGGUGAGGGAUGGCGGCUCCAAGCUCACGAUGGGAAGUAGUUUCUCGAGGUCAUAAAACACUCCGUGCACCGGGCCGAAAAAAAAGGGAGGGGUACGUGUGCGUUCAAGAUUGAUAUAACUC